AGAACAACACAAACUUGUAAUAUCUAUCUAUUUUUCAUUGUAAUAUUCUACUUUCUCAAUCACAUUAAUCAUCGUCACCAUGUCAAGUGCUCAACAAAGCUUCUCCCAAGGCCAAGCCCACGGCCAGACUCAGGCUAAGGCAGAAGAAUGGGUUCAAAACACUAAGGACUCCGCCUCUGCAGCUGGCCAGCAUGCUCAGGCAACUGCUGGGCAUGUUGCCGACCGCGUUCAGGCAAUUACUGAACAGGCUUCCGACAAUGCUCAUUCAGCUACCGGACAGCAUGCCCAGGCAGCUACUGGACAGGCUGCGGACCAUGCCCAUUCAGCUGCUGGGCAGGCUGCUCAGCAUGCUCAUGCAGCAGCUAACACAACUGGACAGACUGCUGAAAAAAACAAAGAAGAAGCUGCUGGUUUUCUCCAACAGACUGGAGAGCAAGUGAAGAACAUGGCUCAUGGGGCUGUGGAGACCGUGAAGCACACCCUUGGAAUGGACAAGAAGUGAAACUAGCAAAUUUUGAUUCAUUUGUGAAAGUUGUUUUGCUAUACCUCCAAUCAAAAUGGAAGAGUAUUAAAUAAAUAAGUUUUUCUUUUCUUUUCUUUUUAGAGGCUUUUGCUUUUUCCUACUAGUUGAUAGGGAUUAGCAAACUGCUUAAGUCUUGAUCAUUGUGAUUUGGUGAAAAAAGCCAAUAUCAGUUAUAAUAAAACAUAGAUUCUUUCUAUUUUUC